AUGUGGCAAACGCCGAUCCCCGACCCUGUUGAUCUCGUUGAGAUGCAGGAUGCUGCAGGGGAAGAGACUCAGAGGCUCGGAACGAAGCCACGGUAUCAACGCGAGCUGGCUAGCCGAGACACUGCUCGAGGUGGCUUUUUCAUCAGUGGUUUAUUCAUCCGUACGAUGCUGUGCUCUCGCAGCGAACCGCCAAACCUGACGCCGUAUGGCAGGAACUUCACCGGAGAGAAGAGGAAGAAGGAAAGCCGAAACUUUAUUGAAAGCACAUGCAGAUCUCGAUUCCUCAAUUCCUUAAGGUUUUGGUGGGGUUAG